AUGACCAAGUCUGCCAAGGUUUUCUUCGACCUCGCCAUCAACCAGAAGCCUGCUGGUCGUUUGACCUUCAAGCUCUUUAACGAGACCGUCCCCAAGACUGCCGAGAACUUCAGAGCUCUCUGCACCGGUGAGAAGGGCAAGUCCGCCCUCUCUGGCAUGCCCCUCACCUACAAGGGCAGCAAGUUCCACCGUAUCAUUCCCGGCUUCAUGGCUCAGGGCGGUGACUUCACCCGUGGCGAUGGACGUGGCGGUGAGUCCAUCUAUGGUGCCAAGUUCGCCGAUGAGAACUUCAAGAUCGCUCACAAAGGCCCCGUUCUGUCGAUGGCCAACGCCGGCCCCAACACCAACGGCUCGCAGUUCUUUAUCUGCUUCCAGGACACCCCUUGGUUGGAUGGAAAGCACACUGUCUUUGGAAAGAUUGAACAGGGUGAGGAGCUCUUGAAGAAGCUCGAGUCCAUCGGUACCCCCAGCGGCGCCCCCACCGCCACCGUCGAGAUUGUCGACUGCGGUGAGAUCCAUGAGUAA